UCUCUGUGUCUAGCAGGACACAUAUCCUCACCACCGGUGGUGGACACGGUGCAUGGCAAAGUCCUUGGAAAGUAUAUUAGCUUGGAAGGAGUCACACAGCCUGUAGCAGUUUUCCUGGGAGUCCCUUUUGCCAAGCCCCCUCUUGGAUCCCUGAGGUUUGCUCCUCCAGGGCCACUAGAGCCAUGAAACUAUGUGAAGAACACCACCUCUUACCCUCCCAUGUGCUCCCAAGACCCAGUGGAAGGGCAGCAAAUGUCAGAGCUCUUCAGCAACCAAAAGAACAUUCCUCUCACAUAUUCUGAAAAUUGCUUGUACCUAAAUAUUUACACUCCUGCUGACUUGACAAAGAAAAGCAAGCUGCUGGUGAUGGUGUGGAUCCACGGAGGAGGGCUGGUGCUGGGUGGGGCAUCAAUUUAUGAUGGACUGGCCCUCUCUGCCCUUGAGAAUGUGGUGGUGGUGACCAUUCAAUAUGGCCUGGGUAUCUGGGGAUUCUUCAGCACGGGGGAUGAACACAGCCGAGGGAACUGGGGUCACUUGGACCAGGUGGCUGCACUGCGCUGGGUCCAGGAAAACAUUGCCAACUUUGUAGGGAAUCCAGGCCCUGUGACCAUUUUUGGAGAGUCAGCAGGAGGUAUUAGUGUCUCUGUUCUUGUGUUAUCUCCCCUGGCCAAGAACCUCUUCCAUAGGCCCAUUUCUGAGAGUGAUGUGGUCACCACUAUUAGUGAAUUGACCAGAAUGGACAUCAAGCCCUUCGCUGAGCAUAUUGCUGUUAUUGCUGGCUGCAAAACCACAACAUCAGCCAUCAUGGUUCACUGCCUGCACCAGAAGACAGAGGAUGAGCUCUUGGAAACCACACUGAAAUUGAAACUCAUUAGUCUGGAUUUUCAUGGUGACCCUAGAGAGAGCCAUUCCCUCAAACCCACUGUGCUUGAUGGAGUGCUGCUACCAAAAACAACUCCAGAGAUUCUGGCAGAAAAGAAUUUCAACACUGUCCCCUACAUCGUGGGAAUCAAUAAGCAAGAGUUUGCCUGGGUCCUUCAAAUGCAGAUGAUAGGCUAUCCACUUUCUGAAGGUAAGAUGAACAAGAAGACAGCUGCAUCACUCUUGUGGAAGUCCUAUCCCAUUGUUAACAUCCCUGAGGAGCUGAUUCCAGUCGCCACUGAGAAGUAUUUAGGAGGGACAGACAACCCGGUCAAAAAGCAAGACUUGUUCCUGAACUUGAUGGGGGACUUGAUAUUUGGUGUCCCAUCUGUCACUGUGGCCCGUGGCCACAGAGAUGCCGGAGCCCCUACCUACAUGUAUGAGUUCCAGUAUAGCCCAAGCUUCUUAUCAGCCAUGAAACCCAAGAUGGUGGUAGGAGACCAUGGGGAUGAGCUCUCCUCAGUAUUUGGUGCCCCAAUAUUAAAAGGUAGUUCCUCUAAGGAGGAGAUCAAUCUCAGCAAGAUGAUGAUGAAAUUCUGGGCCAACUUUGCACGUAACGGGAACCCCAAUGGUGAGGGCUUGCCUCAUUGGCCAGUAUAUGACCAGGAGGAAGGAUAUCUGCAGAUUGGUGCUACCACCCAGGCAUCCCAGAGGCUGAAAGACAAAGAAGUGGCUUUCUGGACUGAGCUCAGGACCAAGGGUGGCAAGAAGAAGCCACUGCAGAGGGAACACAGUGAUCUCUGAAUGAGAAGUGCAGCCAGCCCUGGGAGGCUGAAGCAGCCAACACAUGCAUGUUGUACAGUAGGUGUUUGUCCACCAAAAAGGCACUGGGUUGUGGAGACUAGAGAACUGUGGAAGUGGGCAGAUUCCAGGGAGGGAGAAUAUUAGUACUUAUGGUCUCAAUUUGGGGAAUAAAUGAUCUUU